AUGAACGAAAGAAAGAAAUUUAUGAAAUGGUUCAUGAGAUGGGGAAAAAGGUUAAAGGAAGCUGGACACGAGCACGAGACUGACCAGGUUUUGCUUGAUAUAGAAGACGAAGAAACGAAGCAGAUAUCAUUGGGUCAUCACAACGAGAAAUUGGCGAUUGCGUUUGGGUUUGUUAGCACGAGACCUGGGACGACAAUUCGGGUGAUUAAGAAUUUGAGAAUAUGUGGCGAUUGUCAUUCUUUGUUCAAGAUAUUUUCGGGUAUCUAUGGACGAGAUAUCAUUGUUAGGGAUUCUAGCCGGUUUCAUUACUUUGGGAAUGUUCUUGUUCUUGUUUGGACUGUUGGUGAUACUAUAUAUACAAUGAGUUCAAUUGUAAAAGUGUGA